AUGGGUAGGACGGUCUGCAAUACUUGUCAGCGCAGCUUUGGGUCCCAGCACGGUUUGAACAGCCAUAUCAACGACGUUCACACGUUUCCUUGCAAAUAUUGCCCAAAGGUAUUCCAGGCGCAGGCGUCGCGCAGCCAACAUGUGGAUGAUGUCCAUACCUGGUACUGCGAUUCCUGUCCUCGGUCAUUCCGGAGCGAACAAUCAAGAGACCAGCAUUUCGAUGACGUCCACUCCGUAAAUCGCGAAGUCGACUAUGGCGCCGGGCGCGGACAGAAAUUGCCGCCCGCUGCCCAGGGUUCUAUCGCCCAAGACGAGACGUAUGGCCAUCCUCCUACGGAAGAUAUUUCGCAAAUUGUUUUUGCAAACCACUCUAAUAAGCUUGCUUGCUCUUCGUACGACGGCGAGAUCCGUGUUUACAACGAGAGCACACAGCUCAUUUAUAAGACCAAACUACAAUUUGGUGCUGCGCUGGGAUGCGCCUGGAGCACAGAUGACUCGUCCAUUUUUGGCUUCAGUGCCUUGGGCACGGUGGAACGGGUCACUGGAGGAACAUGUACACAAAUCAUUGGGCGACAUGCUGAUGCUGUCCUGACGGGCAAAGCGUUUGUAUCUGCCAACCUGACGAUAUUAGCUACUGGCUCGCUUGAUAAGACGAUAAAGUAUUGGGACAUUGCAAACAUCCAGCCCCCCGGUGCGCAGCUCUUGAACGGACUGGUGCUUCCGGAGAAAGCAUAUGCAAUGGACGUGAAACAUAAGCUGCUAGCUGUGGCUAUGUCCAAUCGGAAAGUUGCAGUCGUCCACCUUGAUAUGCCUGCCGCGAUCGCCAAAAUAUUUGAGCUUGAAGUGUUUCAGCUUUGCUCGAUUGUCUGCUUUCCGGAUUGUUCUGGCUUUGUUGUUGUUCCCAUGUUCGUGCCUUCUCACCAAACUCAUUUAACACGACCGCACCUUAGACGACUGGGAGAUAAGACAUUCUCGUUUGAAUGCCAUCGAGUCUACCCCAAAACGAUGGAUGGUCCAGCGCUGGCGUUUCCAGUACGUGCGAUCGCCAUUCACCCCGAUCGACACACGCUGGCGACGGCCGCAUCGGACGGGAGAUUUAUUUUUUGGAACAAAGACACCGGCCACCAGCCCCGGGAAUUCCCCAGUGUUGGGUAUAGCAUUGUAUCUGCUUCUUUUAGUCCCGACGGCAUGUAUUUUGCCUAUGCGAUGAGCUACGACUGGUCUUGGGGGCCGGAGGGGAAGCCUACCGUGGCGGUUGCUGCGAUUAAAAGACAUAAGGUUAGUGAUGACGAUACAAAACCAGGGUUGAUCGGCUGGCGUUCGUCAUAA